CUUCCAGAAAGGAAAAGAACUCGGUGUUCAAUUCAUAACCAAACCUAUGAGCCUAUAUAAAGCUAAUCAAUUUCACCAACCACACUUCCUUUGUUCUUAAGAAUUUAGACAAUGGAGUAAUACUCCCAUUACACACCUAAAUGCUCUCACCACUUCGCAAAAUCACUCAAUGGCUGCUUUCUGUAGAUUCAAAAGAUCCCAUUUUCUUUUCUCCAAAUCACUCGAACAACUCCUCAACCUAUAUACUCACAAUAACAACACUCAAAUUCAAAACCCAUUUACAAUUUUCAAUUUUUUUCCAUUUUCUUCAACACCCACUUGCCCAAAACCUCAAAAUUUUCUCCCUCCACUUUCUGUAGAAGAUUCAAGAAUCGUUGAUAAACUUGUACACAUAUUCACUAAGCGCCUUGAUACAUCAAAAAGCCAAGGACUUGAUGAGUUGGGUCCAAAGAUCACAACUUUAAUUGUUGAAUUUGUUCUUAAAAGGCUCAAAAGUUGGAGAAUAGCUCAAUUGUUUUAUAAUUGGGCUAAGAAUCAAAGUGGUUUUAGUCAUAAUUGUCAUACAUUUAAUUUAAUGGCUGAGUGUCUGUCAGGUGCUCGACAAAUUGACUCAAUGAGAGUGUUGGUUAAUGAUGUGAUUAAAUUUCAGUGUUAUUUUACUCCACGUGCUUUGGGUUUCUUUAUUAGGUGUUUAGGUAAUCAAGGGUUGGUUAAAGAGGCUAAUGAAUUGUUUGAUCAUAUGCAAAAGUCGGGUCUUUGUGUUCCAAAUAGUUUUAGUUAUAAUUGCUUGUUAGAUGCUAUAUCUAAGGCUGGUGAUGUUGGUUUAAUUGAGCUGAGAUUGAAGGAGAUGAAUAGCUAUGGGUGUCAGCUUGAUAAGUAUGCUCUGACACCUACUUUGCGGUGUUACUGCAAUGCGGGGAUGUUUGACAAUGCGUUGGUUGUUUUUAAUGAGAUGCGCGAGAAAGGAUUGGUCGAUGCACAUGUUUUGUCGAUCUUGUUGGUUUCCUUUAGCAAGUGGGGUAAGGUGGAUAAGGCGUUUGAGUUGGUUGAGAGGAUAGAAGAUCUUAACAUUAGCUUAAAUGAGAAGACAUGUUUUGUUUUGAUUCAUGGUUUUGUGAGGGAAGGCAGAACGGAUAAAGCGUUGCAACUGUUGGAUAAAAUGAGGAAGAUGGGCUUUGCACUGGACAUUUCUGUUUAUGGUGUGUUAAUAGAAGAGUUGUCUAGGAAUAGUGAGACUGAGAAAGCUAUGCAGCUGUACGAGGAAAUGAAUGAUUCAGGUGUCCGUCCUGAUAUUAAAAUACUGACCGACCUUAUAUCUUGUGUGCGUGAUGAAAGAGACAUGAUCCAAAUAGUUGAGGAGAGGUAUGAGAGUCUUGAUCUGAAAGAUAGGAUGUUGUUGUAUAAUUCUGUCCUGAAAGGACUUAUUAACAAUGGUUCAACUGAUAAAGCGUAUCGUCUACUUUGUGCAUCAUCGGGUCUUGAAUCUGGUGGUGAUUGUAAUAAGGACAAUCCUUUUUUCAUGAAGGAACUUGUUUGUCCUAAUACCAUUUCUUUUGAAAUAGUUAUUGAUGGUUUGUGUCGGGCGGAUAGGUUGGAAAUGGCUCUCAGCCUAUUUAGAGAUAUGGACCAUAUUGGUUGUAAACGCAGUGUGCUACUUUACAAUAAUUUAAUUGAUUAUUUGAGUAGAUCUAGUAGACUUGAUGAAUGUUAUGAGCUUUUGAAUGAGAUGAAACAGUCAGAAUUUCAGCCAACACAUUACACAUACAACUCAAUUUUUGGAUGCUUAUGUAGACAAGGGGAUGAUGCGGGCGCCCUUGCUAUGGUGAGGGAGAUGCGUGUACAUGGGCAUCAACCUUGGAUAAAAUAUUACACGCUGCUCAUGCAGAAACUCUGCAAAGAUGGGCAAGCAGUCAAAGCUUCUAACUUCCUUGCUGACAUGGUUCAAGAAGGAUUUCUCCCUGAUGUAGUUGGUUAUUCAGCAGUGAUAGAUGGUCUUAUUAAGAUUAAACAGUUGGAUGAAGCAUUGAAUCUUUUCAGAGAGAUCUGUGCUCGGGGUUACUGCCCCGAUGUGGUUGCUUAUAACAUAAUGAUAAAUGGGCUAUGUAAGGCCAAAAGAGUACUUGAAGCCCAGGGUUUUGUUGAUGACAUGAUGGAUAAGGGGCUUAUUCCAUCAGUUGUUACCUACAACUCACUGAUUGAUGGAUGGUGCAAAAAUGGUGAUAUAGAUCGGGCAAUUGUAAAUCUCACUAGGAUGGCAGAAAAAGAACGGGAGCCCAACGCCAUCACUUACACCACUCUAAUAGAUGGGUUAUGCAAUGCUGGCAAACCAAAUGAUGCUAUGAGGCUUUUAGUCAAAAUGGAGUCAAAGGGUUGCUCUCCAAGUAGAGUAACUUUUAUGGCUCUCAUUAGUGGUCUGUGCAAGUGUGGAAAGCCAGAUAUUGCGCUGACUUAUCUGCAGGAAAUGGAGAGGAAGGAGAUGAAACCUGAUCCAUAUGUCUACAUAGUGCUAAUAAAAGCUUUUAUAAACAAUUCAAAUCCUAAUGAAGCUUUUAACCUACUAGAAAAGGUGGUCCAUGAUGAGUCUUCUCAAGAUUUAAAUGGUAAGGAUCUUUCUACCCUUAAAGAGGCAAUACUUUCCCUGUUAGCAGAUCCAAGGACUUCCUCAAAUGUGAAAAUCCUGUUGGAGGAGAGUCAUUUUACAGCACUUCUUACUAUCUCUGAAGUCGGGUAACAUGAUUGGAUUUUUAGAUCUCUUGACCUCAUCUGUUUGCAUCUGUAGUUACUUCGGAUUGAGAACUAAAACGAGGAAAUGCUUUGCAUUGAGUAUCGUGCUCUACACUUGUCGGUUUUGGUAUACUGAUGAGUUCUGUUCCACACUAUUGCACGUCAAUGAAAAGUUCUACGCCUUAUAUUGAUCCCAGCAGGAGCAUUUUCCCUAUUUUAAAGAAAGGUUUUACACCUUAUGUUUGAUAUUAUGGCAAACACACAGAGGGAUUGAUAAGAUCUGGUCGAAAACUGGAGGUAUUCUGAGUGUUGAGGAGAACCCGAUAUGUGAACUCUAUUUGUAGCAAAGAAGCUUGUGGCUGUAUCUUGGGUCCAGUCAAGUGCACAAGGAUGGAAUACACAAUAUGAUCAAUAGUUGCACUCUAUCGUAUAGACUCGGUUGGACACGGAGAGAGAUCAUUGAGUUAUAUAGCUGACUGCGAGAAGGAAGGUUCAAGCUAUUGACUCUCAUGCAAAGGAUGUCGCUACAUAAAAGCUAUUGAGUUAUGACUCAAUGAGUAAUAUUGAGUAAAAAGAAGCUCAAAGCAAGAACUAGUAGUGACCCCAUAUAAUUAAGUAAGGAAUUGAAAGAAACUUUCAUAUAAAUGAACUUGCCACAAUUUGGCUCUAAAACAUCCAACUUAAAACAUUAAGGAAGUGAUGGGAGUAGCUGAAGACCUUUAUAUACAACUUGUUGAAACAGCUAUAGACUAGUUUCACUUUGAUAUCAAACAUAGAUGUUAUUUAAAUUCUUUAUUCAUUUGACUAUAAAGUCCUUUUGGCCAUAAGGUAUACCUGUUGUGACCACUCUAAAGAACAACCAUUGCUUACUCUCUUAAGCUGUUGUCACUUACUGACUUACUUUACCAAACUAGGCCUCGUGCCGUGAACUUGGCACCCUCUAUACGUGCUACACUAGCACAUAGAUGAGACAAGGCAGUAGGCACAAGGCACCAACCUGGUAUUUGUAUGCAAUUAUCAGCGAAAUAAAAAAAUGGUAGUCCGGUGCAUAAAGCAUCCCGUAUUCACGUAGGGUCUGAGAAAAGACUGCACCCCAAAGGGUGUGAUGUAGACAGUCUACCAUAAUACAAGCAUUAGUGGCUGCUUCCAUGGCUCGAACCCGUGACUCACGGAGGCAACUUUAUAGUUUAUUUACUCCCUUUUGCAUUGUUGAAAGUUUCUCUUUGCAACAUCAUUAUUGCAAGCCUUUUAUUUACAACUAUUUCAAGUUUCACCAAAGGUGAGAAACCGAUAUGGUGAUCACCUCCAAUCUUCACGUGGCUGUAAAGGUUCGUGUUUUGGGGAUUU